UAAUUUAUGUCAGUAGUGUCACAGUUAUCCCCCAAUGAAUUCCUCUUCAACGUCAAUCUCUCCUGUUGAAGCAAAACUAAAAUUAUUUAAAUGAGGAGAACAACAGUUACAGAUUUACCUCCAAGGGGUCUAACGACGCAACGAGCACCUACGCUGCCAGAUAUUCCCUUACGGCAUCCACCUUCUCCCCCACCCCUGCCUGCCAGAGCCCAUACACAACCCUUUAUAGCCCAUGGAAGUAUACCUGCAGGUUUUAGCCAGUCAGCUAAUUAUAGAAGAUUCGAAGAUUUAGACUAUGAAAUAGCGCCAAAAUCAAGUAUAUUACUACCUCACCUUCAAGCCAAUGAGAAGAAAUUCUUCGAAUUAGUUCAUUCCGGCGACGUGGAAGACGUAAGAAAAUUUCUGGAGAAUAACCUAGACUUCAACAUUAACUGCGUCAAUUUCCAAGGUGUUUCGGCUCUUCUAGUAGCAGUACAAACUAGAAAUGAACACAUGGUGGAAUUUUUGAUUUCUCAGAAAGGAAUAGACAUCGGAGAUGCUGUUCUACAUGCGGUUCGUGACAACCAACUGAAGAUAGUGGAAUUUCUGCUUGAAAAACUUCAUUCCACAGCCCCAAGUUUGGAAUUCGUUGGAGUAACGCAUAGCUCAGAUUUUCCAGAUUACAUGACACCCCUUAUAUUAGCCGCGCAAGAGGGCCACUUCGAAAUCAUAGAAAUGUUGAUACAACGAGGUCAUGUUAUAGCGAAACCACAUUCGCCUAAAUGCAGAUGCGAUGAUUGUAUUCUUCAUCUGGAAAGAGAUGAUCUUCUACAUGCUGAAACGCUCAGAUUGGAUUUGUACAAAGCCAUUACUAACCCAGCAUUCAUAUGUCAUUCAACUAACGAUCCGAUAUUGACUGCUUUUCAGCUGUGUGCAGAGCUGAGGCUUUGUGCUUGGUUGGUGGUUGAAUUCAGAGACCAAUAUCAGGAAUUGGCAGAUGCCAUAAGUAAUUUCGCUGUAGAGUUGAUCGCUUGCUGCAGAAGCACAACAGAAAUGGAGAUAAUACUGACGCAGACAGGUGGUUUGCCACCUAAUAAUUAUCAAUUCCCUAGACUUGUGCUGGCUAUGGACUUGAAGCAGAAGGCAUUCGUUGCGCAUCCAAACACUCAGCAGUUGGUAGAGGCAGCUUGGGUAGGGGACUGGCAUGAUUACAUCAUCAAGCCAACACUAGUCAAACUUAUCUAUCCCAUCUACAGAAUAAUAGUCCUUCCUUUCAUUUGCUUAUUGUGCAUCUUUAUACCAAGUCAUCCUUUGGUUCUACAUUGGAGAAUACCUAUCAACAAGAUGAUAUCUCAUACAGCGGGAUAUCUAGUAUUUCUCGUUAUAAUAUUCCUGGAGUCCAACAUAAGUAAGGAAAAUCAGAAGAGAAAACCUCCGAACAGUGGACUAGAACCCGUUAUUUGCGUUUUUGUUGCUGGAUAUACGUGGAACUGUUUCAGAAUGUGCUUAAUUCAAGGUCCUUCGAGAUAUUUCAGAGCGUUAUGGAAUUGGCAUGCCGUUUUAACCAACAUGUUCUUCAUUCUUACGUUUCUCUUUUGGAUUGCUUCCUAUUGGGACGCCAAGAAGAACGAUCAAGUUGAUCUAGAGAGAAAGUAUUGGAAUCAAUUAGAUCCCGUUCUGAUUUCUGAAGGAACUUUCGCUGUGGCUACUGUCAUGGCGUACUUCAGACUCAUGUUCUUCUGCAGGCUGAACUAUUACAUGGGACCUGUUCAAAUAUCUCUCGGAAAAAUGUGUGCCGAUAUCGCUAAAUACCUGACUAUCUUCAUCAUUAUCAUGAUAUCCUUCACUUGCGCCAUGUGCAGAUUCUAUCAAUACUACGAUGGAAUGGUACAGGUGGACGAGAACGGAAUCAAAACGCAACAGGUGUCAUCGUUCGUGAACUUUCAAAAAACGUUGAAAACCUUCUUCUGGGGUCUGCUCGGGAUGUCCCCACUGGAAUCGGCAGACGUGAUAAUCGCCAACCUACCUGGUCCGAAGGAGAACACCACCAUAAUCAACAGUCACGAUUUUACGGAAAACGUCGGUUACGUAUGCUUCGCAGUUUACGAGAUGCUCACGAUGACGAUGAUCAUGAACAUGCUGAUCGCUACAAUGUCCUCGACAUUCCAGAGGGUUCUGGAUAAUCUGAACACAGAGUGGACUUUCUGGAAGACAGACUUCUACCUGGAGUAUAUGAUUCAAUCCACUCUACCGCCUCCUUUGAACCUAAUACCGACACAGCUUGGUUUCAAUCUGAUCAAGCAGGUUGCCAGUUUUUCCACAAACGACGCUCAAGAGGAUCAGAGGGCCAGCGAUUACAACGCCCUUAUUUCCCAACUGGUUCAGCGAUAUUUCAGAGAGAAGGACACAGUUACUACAACUAGUGAAAUAGAGGAACUUCGACAAGAGAUCAACGAGCUCAAACUAGCUUGCAAGGAUCUUAUUGAUAUCAUCACAUCUCGAUAGUGUUAGGGGAUUACCUAAAAAACGUGAUAUUUUAUACAAAUAAUUUUAUAAGUAUAUAUUCGCUCCUUUCGCAUUUCCAAGCAAAUAUUUGCUUGUGAUAAAUCGAAAAUAUAAUAUACUAUUUUCUUCCUGAAUUAUAUGAAAAUUCGGAAUAGAAAUUAACACUAAAUGGAUUAGUACGGCAAGAUCAAAAUAAAAGAUGCAUAGUA